CAAUAGGAGGACGGGAGGGAGGUGGCAGCGGCUGACGGGCAACAAAAGGCGCGAUGCCGAAGGAGCGAGUCCCCGAGCGGGGCAGGGGGCUGCCGGGAGGCCCCUCUCGCCGCCCUUCUCCUGCACGGCGGCGGAGAGCCUGUUAAAGUUGGGCAGCAGCACCCCGCGGAAGCCGGAGCCUGGCGAGCGGAUCCGAGCUGCCGAGCGGGAGGAGGAAGAGACUGUGGCUCGGCUGCGCUGAGCGCAGCAUGCCAGAAUGGGGCUGCCGGCUGCUAGACGCACUGCCUGCACCUGAGCUUCUGGGCAGCGCACUCGGAGGCGAGGGGCAGAGAAAGCGGAGGGCCCUCCGGUUCCCCAGCGCGCGGCGAUGAGGUCGGGCUCGGCUGGGUGCUCCGGGGGUGGCGGCGGCGGCGGCAGCCUGUUUCCUAGGCGAAAGCAGCAUGCGGAGGAGCCAGGCAGGAAGCGGCGGUGACUGCUGAAGGAGACGCGGGAUCGCCGCCUCGGUCCCUCCCACCGCCCUUCCCGGAGUACGCGCGUUGGGGAGGAGGUGGCCCGUCGCCAGCCUCGCUAGAUGGCGAACACCAGCGAGCUGGGCAGUAGCAGCAGCCCCCACCUGCCCAGCCCCGGAGGCCUCCUCAGCGCCUCUGGCCUCAAGCUGACCACGUUGGGCUUGAUCCUGUGCGUCAGCCUGGCCGGCAACGUGCUCUUUGCUUGGCUCAUCCUCAAGGACCGCCACCUGCACCGGGCCCCCUACUACCUGCUCCUGGACCUCUGCUUGGCAGACGGGUUGCGCUCCUUGGCUUGCUUCCCUUUCGUCAUGCGCUCGGUGCACAGCGGAGCGGGCUCAUGGCCUCACGGGCUGCUCAGUUGCAAGGUGCUGGCAUUCCUGGCUGUGCUCUUCUGCUUCCAUGCCGCCUUCCUGCUCUUCUGUGUGGGCGUGACCCGCUACAUGGCCAUUGCGCAUCACCGCUUCUAUGCCAAGCGCAUGACAGGCUGGACCUGCCUGGCUGUGGUGUGCAUGGUGUGGACUCUCUCCAUGGCCAUGGCCUUCCCACCCGUCUUUGACGUCGGCACCUACAAGUUCAUCCAGGAGGAGGAGCAGUGCAUCUUUGAACACCGUUAUGUCAAGGCCAACGAUACCCUGGGCUUCAUGCUCAUGCUUGCCACGGUCAUUGCUGCCACCCAUCUGGUCUAUAUCAAGCUCCUGUUUUUCAUCCACAGCCAUCGCAAGAUGAAGCCUGCGCAGCUGGUGCCAGCCAUCAGCCAGAACUGGACUUUCCAUGGGCCCGGGGCCACUGGCCAGGCGGCUGCAAACUGGACAGCUGGCUUUGGUCGGGGUCCAACCCCUCCUACUCUGGUGGGCAUCAGACAGAAUGCCUCCCACAGCCAGAUCAAGAGGCUCUUGGUCCUGGAGGAGUUCAAAACGGAGAAGAGAAUUUGUAAGAUGUUCUACAUGAUCACGCUCCUCUUCCUACUGCUCUGGUCCCCUUACAUCGUGGCGUGUUACCUGCGUGUCUUCGUCAAGGCAAGCAGCAUCCCCCAAGUCUACCUGACCACCUCUGUCUGGAUGACCUUUGCUCAGGCAGGGGUCAACCCCAUUCUGUGCUUCAUUUUCAACAAAGAGCUCAGAGUCUGUUUCCGAGCUCACUUUUUCUGCUGCCAAAACAUGCAGGACACCCAAGGCACCAUUCUGUGCGAUCUGAAGAAUCUUGGGAUGUAGUUUUUAUUCAUUUCUUUUUUUAAGAGAGAGAGAAAUUUCUAUGCUUUUCUUUUGGUAUAUGCACUGGAAAGAUUGUGAUCUAAGAAAACACCACUUUGACUGUUAUAUGAUACCCUCGUUGCUGGGUUCUAAAAGGAUAAUGUUUAUGUACAUGUGGAUUUGGGGAGGGGGCUUAUAACACAGGACUCCAAAUUUCUUGGCGGCAUCUAACACAUGCAGAAAGUUAUUCUGAUACAGAUUCAAAGGCCAUACUUUUUUUUAAAACCCAACUGGUUUUGAUAAAGGCUAAACAAUUUUAUUCAUGUAAGAUUUGAUAAAGGCCAAAAUACAGUUUUAUACUAAAGUAUUAUUUUUUGAUGACCUCAAUAUUGUAUUACAGUUUUUAGACGGAAACCAAGAAGGAGAAACUAUACUGUGUUAAGUCAGUUCUUGAUGGGGGAGCAUUUGGGUUAAAUUGAUUUCAGUAUUUUAAGCAGUGACUUUUUAACUUUGCCUGAUAUGGAAACAUGAGAUGCAAUCCACCUAACCCACACCCUAAAGUGUACUCAAGGUAUUAGGUUAUUUCCUGUUGACCUAAAAAGGGUUAGGGUCACUUGCUCUGAUAUAGAUGUAAUUUUAAAUAUUCUUGUUGCACUGUUCUUUGAUAACAUUUCUGAAACAUUUGAAGAACAAAAUUGUCAAUUUUAAAAGUGAAAAAAUUACGUAAUAUCACCUUUAAAAAUAAAGGAUCGGGUUUCUAAAUUA